CAAUUGACAACAGCUCCUCCCUGAAGGCAGAUAAUGUAACUUCCUCUGGUGUUGGUAACUUAAACACAGAUAACCAAACUAUCAUCAGAGUCGGACAGCAGCAGAAGAAAUAGGACAGACAACUUUCCUUUAAGCAUUUGACACAAAGAUGGAAAAUACGACUGACUUGGAUUACUACAGCGAUUACACAGAAGCUGUACCAUGCACCAGGGACAAUGACAACAAACUGGGAGCGCUGCUGUCCAUCCUUUACUACUUCAUGUUUGCCUUCAGUGUCAUUUGCAACGGGAUAGUCCUCAUCAUCAUUUGUCGGUUUGAUCAGCUGACCACUGUGACCAACAUCUUGCUGCUGAACCUUGUGAUGUCCUCCCUGAUCUUCAUGAUCAGCCUUCCUUUCAUGGCAGUCUACAUGCAGCUCUCUAACUGGAUCUUUGGCGAAGUUAUGUGCAAGAUUGUUAGUACUGUCUACUAUCUGGGUUUUUACAGCUCUGUACUCUUUCUAGCCCUUCUGACCUUUGAUCGGUACCUUGCAAUUCUGUACCCGUUGAAUGACUCACAAGUGAGAAAUCGAAAGUAUGCAGGAAUCUCCUGCACUGUUGUGUGGCUAGUCAGUGGGUUAGCAUGUAUCAGACCAAUGAUUAUCUAUAGUAGUUUCUUUUCUAGUCUUGAUAACAAAACUUUUUGUGAGGAGUACCCUCGAAACCUUACCUAUGUCGAUAUGGACAAGCUGAGAAAAUCUGGGUUUUACCUUCAGCUGAGUGUUUUCUUGAUUUUCCCACUGAUUGUUAUUUUCUACUGCUACAGUAGGAUUGCAAUCACUGUUAUGUCAUCCAGGAUUGCAAGCAAAUUCAAGACAGUCAGGCUCAUCUUCAUCAUUGUGCUAUUGUUUUUCAUGUGCUGGACUCCUUUCAACGUUGUACACUUGAUGAACAUUAACAAUGAAGUUAAGAGUGAGUGUGAGGACAAACAGAAACUGGGUUAUGCACUUCAAAUUACUCGCACCAUUGCCUACUUUUACUUUUGUAUCAGUCCUGUAUUCUAUACUUUUGUUGGGAAGAAAUUCCAGAACCACUUCAGGCAUCUGCUGGUGAAACACUUCCCAAAGUUAAAGAGGCAUAUGUCUGUUAGUCAAAACAGCAGAAGCUACGUGAACACAAAAACGACACCAAAUGAUUAUAGGGAUAUUUAGCGAACCAGCUUACGGCCAUACCACCCUGAGCACUCCUCUGAUUUCACAAGCUAAGCAAGGUUGGGCUUGGUUAGUGCUUGGAUGGGAGACUGCCUGGGAAAAACAGGUCAGCCCGGGCACCACGGCACAGUGGUUAGCACUGUUGCCGCACGGCAAGAAGAUCCUGAGUUCAGUUCCACCAGGAUCCUUGCGUGUGGAGUUUGCAUGUUCUCCCCGGGUACUCCCGCUUCCACCACAGACCAGAGACAUGCAAUUAGUGGGGAUAGGUUAAUUGGAAGCACUAAAUUGCCCAUAGGUGUGAAUGUGAGUGCAAUUGGUUGUGUCCUGUCUCUGUGUUAGCCCUGUGACCUGUCCAGGGUGUACCCUGCCUCUCGCCCUACGACAGCUGGGAUAGGCCGUGACCCUGAAAAGGAUAAGCAGAAGUGAAUGGAUGAACGAGCAAGUCAUGGUUUUACAACCAACUGAAGGAAGGGAUGAGUUCAUCAAGAGUGAAACUUUCGGUUUCCAGGAACUAGCGUCUAGGACUCAAACUUCUAUAUCUUCAUUAUUCGAGCCAAAGUCCUUAAACCAAAAAUCUAAUUGCAGAAGAUUUUGAAAUUUUAUUUCAUGUAGCUCCUGGUGUACAAAUUGUCUGCUAUCAACCACAAACCUAGUUUGCCACCAAGUUAUGUAACAAA